AUGGAAGCAGGUAAUUUGGAGGUAUGCGAUGAACCUUUGGAAGAGCAACCUAUCAGCACCAAAUCUACUGUCCAACCAGAGGAGUCUUCUAGAGACAGUGGACGAGCUGUGAAACCAUCUGAACUUGUUACUGAUGUGAUUCAAAUCUCCAAAAUUGGAAAAGUAGCUCCCACCAGGAUAGAUGCCGAGGAGAAACAGGCUAGAAUCAUCGAGGCAAUCUAUCAGGCAUCAGGAAGGGAGGUGCCACUCAUGUACAGGUCAAAGUCUGCUCCUCGGGAAAGUCUCAUACCCAAAGGUCCUCCUGUGGAGAAGGCUCAAAAAGAAGAGAAACCGUCGGCUGUGAAAUCGUCGCGAACAACGAUGGAAACUGCGAAAACAGCAGCGAAAUCAGAAAAGCUUCGAACCGACACCACCGGCGUUUCCACCAGAUCAGAACGUUCGAAAACAACGCCAUUUCUCAAACAGAACAAAGACAGCAAAAGCAAAAAAUAG